AUGCACUUCCAGCCUCCAACAUUACAACGCAGAUUUGUUGGUCAUGUGAUUAGGACAUUAUCGGUACAAUCAGGAACAGCAUGCGAAGCCUGCUGUUUUGAUGACGAUGACUGCAUAUCAGUCAACUUGGGACCCAGCGCCGUAGCUAGUAUGAGGCCAACCGAGGCACUCGCCUCGGUAAAAUUUUGACGAAUUUCGCCGAUCAUUUUUAUUUUACAUAAGCGAUCAUUGGAUAUUUUUAACGCAUCAUGAUAUUACAAAGAAUUCAGCAAUUCAGUCAAUAUACUAUGAAAAAAUUACCAUAUCAUCGAUCUCAAGGGGCUACGUACGUUAACCCAAAUUUUUUUUGAACAAAUACUGAUCAAAACCAUUGGCGAGGUUAACGGUCAUCCAGAUUAUGUAGCUUGUUUCUGAUUAUUGCUUUUUAAAUUCCACUUAAAUUAACUCGAAAAAAAGUUACCGAAAGGCCCAGAAAACGCUGCAAAUCGCAUUUCCGAGAGACUAAAGUUCAAAAUUUCUCGGGGGCGGGGGGCAUGCCCCCGAACCCCCCUAGCAACUCCCGCCUGCCUCGGUUGGCCGUUUGGUCUGGCUACGGCACUGGGACCACAACAACAAGGGAAGCACAUUUGUGAACGGAGUAGUUCAGAUCACAAUAUACAUCCUAAAGAUCUUACGCACAAACAGGGAUUCAUCUAUAAGUCUGUGUGGGUAAGUUAUUGUAACUGCAAACAUGCAUGUUACAGUACAAUUAGUGUUGGAUACGUGAGAAUCUGUUUGUGUAUCAUUUAAACUUCGGACGUCUUUGUGUUUGUUUUAUUAUUACCAUUUGUUUUUAUUUUGACUAUUUUGUGGCUUUUCGUUUAUCUUUGAGACAUAUUUGCUCUGAAGAUGGUGAAAAUCGCCCUUUAAAUGAAGGAGAUAUUGAAUGACAGGUAAAGUGUGCAGAGAAGCGACGAGCUGUAAUUCGUCCGGGUUUGCAGGCCACCUUGCGCGUGGAGAUGAGCAUUUCUCGUCCUCAUGAAAAUCACAAGUAUAUGAUACAAAAAAAGCCUUUUAAUUCGAUUUUUUCCUUUAACAGAAUUAUUGCUCAAGCAGUCCAUGUCCCUCAGGGUACAGAUGUCAAACAGGAUUUACUGGUAAAAGAUACCGAUGUAAAGGUAUGAUUUAUAUAGCUUCGAGAACCUAUUCUAAAAAAAAAUUGCGAGUAGUAUUAGUAGUCUGUUUACGGCACAUUGUUAUGCAGAUGAGGUUAGUCGCCAUACAAACCCUUCUAAUUUUGGAAUGAUGAAGACCAACAGAGGACACAAGAAGGCUAGCUGUUACUAAGGAUGCGAACGGAGCGGUGACGACAUAGGAGAAAAUGGCGAACCAAUUUUGGGCGAAUUGUCUAACCCUAUCCAGUCGAAUUAAAUGCAAACAGUAGUAAGGGAGGGACCGGUUAGGCCUCUUUUUUGGGCAGAAAUUUCAUCAACUUGGGCAGGAAUAAAUUAACGCCAAUGACGUCAUAACCUUUUGUCUUGAUCUCAUGAAUAAAAUGCGCAGGGAUGCCAUUAAGAUAAGGUCAUGUGCUAUUUUUAGUUGGUUUAGGAUUUCUAGUUACUUUAAGGUCGAUAAACGUCUUCGUUUUCGAUUGUUUAGUUAGAAAAUAAGAAACAUUUUUACUGGUUAAUUCAUACUGUCUGAGGAGUAAAGUCAAACUUGUCUGUAUGUGACUUAAAAUCACGGAGGCGUAAUGUAAUUAUGCAAGUCCUAUUUGCUGCUGCUGUGAUUGUCCUAGUUCCGGUUCACUGACUUUUGGCGGACAAAUCGGGGAUAUUAAUGAGGGCAAAGACAAACUAGCUCUUGUCCUAUUUGCUGCUGCUGUGAUUGUCCUAGUUCCGGUUCACUAACUUUUGGUGGGCAAAUCGUGCAUAUUAAUGAGGGCAAAGACAAACUAGCUCUUUUUUACACUGCGCACGCGCACAACGUUACUUCUUAGUAACAGAUGUUGCCUCCAUUGUGUCCUCUGUUGGUCUUCAUCAUUCCAGAAUUAGAAGGGUUUGUAUGGCGACUAACCUCAUUUGCAUAACAAUGUGCCGUAAACAGACUACCAAUACUACUAUUGCGUUUUGAACAAAAUGAGAUUUUUUUAGAAAACUUGAAAGUAUAAAUGUCUUUAGCACACCUGUUCCACUGGUCACCAAUUUGACAGGCUCAAAUGUGACGUCACAAAUCACGGGAUUUUAUGUACGCUUCGCCCCAUGUAAGGUCCAAUACACUCGUGGAUUCUGGAUUCCACGCUGUCGAUUCCAGAUUCCAGGUACGGCAAUUCCAGCAUUGGUCAGUGGAACCUGGAUCCCGGAUUCCAAUCGUUAGUCGGAUCCCGGAUUCCUUGAGUUGUAUUCCGGAAUUGAAAGAUUAGUAUUGUAGAUCCCAGAAGCACAAAUUUCCCGGGAUUCCGGAUUCCACAAUCAAAAUCUUUUCCCACAUUCCGGAAUCCGACUUCCCUUACAAGGGUUAACAUGUUUUCCAUUUCUUUGGGUGCCCAUUGUUGUUGCAUCCAAUUGCAUCGUAUCUUAAGGGGAUGUUACACGAGACGAUUCGCAACAACCAUUUUUAGCGCAACACAGCGUUGCAACAUUGUUGCGACAUUGUUGCGAAUGGUUACAACAUUGUUCCAGCAUGUGUUGCGCUAAAAACCGUAGUUGCAAAUCGUCCAGUGUUACAUCACCUUUAAUUGUAUAAAAUUCAAUUGCUAGCAGAUUCAUGUUUAUCGUUUUCAGAAAACUGGAAAAAGAUCAAUGAAGACCCAGUUUGCUUCGGAGCUGCUGGUGACACUUACGGAACAUUCACGAUCAACAUAAGCGGCCUCACCAACACAUUCAAAUUGGUCUAUAGGAAUGGUUCUGUAAAUUGUACCUUCUCGCAUGAGUCCGAACCAACCCAUUGGGGUUGCAAGCACGCAGUGUAUGGGGACAAGCAAUUGGCCACUGUUCUGACGUAUACAAACAGGUCUGCCCUUCUGCUGGCUGACUAUUUGAGAAAUACACGGAAUUGUGGCUUCAGAUAUUACACGAAUCAUCUGGAAGGAACUGAUGUUAACUCCCCAGAAUUAGUGUUUAACCAUCUGCUGCCUCCACUGAACGUCUCACUUGGUCAAACGUUCCAAAUUUGGUACGCGGAAGAUUUGGUCGAUUGUUCCGAGUUUGAUAACAGUGGCCAGACAUGUGUCGAUGUUUACGCUUGGUAUAUUUAAACCAUGCUAUCUAGUAUGUCACUGCACUUAAGUCUGUUCAGCGCUUAUUUUACUUGUUGCCACUUGUUUAUACUGAAAUACCGAAUAGGCAAUUGGUACAGGGAAUAUUUGCUCGAUUGAACCGAGCAGGGUAAAAGUGGACAAACUUGUGUCCAUGUUCACUCCUUGUAUGUUUAAGUCGCAUGUUAUUAUUCAUUCAAAAUAUUUCCCCUGAUCAUGAUGGCUCAAAGCACAAGUAUAAUUCACCAUGACCAGCUAUAGAUGACCAAAUUUGAAAGAAUUUUGUGAUUGAUCAACCGCUGACGUCAAAAGUGCAACCUUCUUGCAGGUUAAUGCACCUUAAACCAAGAAGACUUUGGGACGAGGUUGAGUUGUUUUUGGUUGUGAAAACACAGUUAUUGAAUUCGGCUUUCGUAUCAUAUGAACAAUUAUGGAGAUCUCGGAGGGUGUUAUCCGUCUCGGUCUAAGGCCUCGAAGGAUAACACCCUCCUCGAUCCCCAUAAUUCUUCAUAAGAUACCCAGCCCCAUUCAUUAAUUAAUAAUUGCUUUAUUAUUCAUUCAAAAUAAUUCCUAGUUUAAAAACAUAGCAACUAAAUAAAAAAAAAGUAAGCUCGCGGGGGACGAUGGGAAGAGAGGAUAGGUAGGUGCCUGCAUCUCUUCUUCUCUUUCCCCCUCCCGUCGUCCCCCUCACGCUUUCCUUUCUUCCUCUCCCCAGCCUCCCUACGACUAAAAGAGGCAUCUGCGGAUGAGAAAGUGUUCAGUCACCGGUUUUUAAAGGAGUUUCAUAUUAUCGUCUUUUUAAUGAAGCUAUUAAUUUAACUUAGGUCGCCAAGGCUUAGGUUUAAGAAGAUGUAGUGAGAGGCAAUUAGAGAUGUAGUCAAUUGCAGAUAGGUGCAGACAAGAAGAAAGUAUUUCAAGAUUGAGCCUACAAUAUUGUAGAUUCACCGUACCUUUUCGAUUCGCUUAUAGCGAGGAAGCUACUCGAAUUUGCGUAAACCAGUCCUGAAUUUUGGUUAUGAUCGUUUGCUCUCAUGUGGUCAGUAGCUAUGCAAAUUUCUUGGAGCAAAAGAAAUUUCAGUCACAUAAGGACCAUGCGAAUACAAUUCACUCCCUGUAGGUUAAUUUUCGUACACCAACAUGGCCACUGUUUCAUUAUAGCCACAGUGACGUCACUAAUUUGAAAAGGGUUUAUUAGUUUUAGCUCCUGCUAGUUUUGAAGAAAUUCAAUUUAAAAGAUGGCAGACUUGCGUCGUGGUUAAUUAAUAAACGGGGUGAUUUUGCCUUUAAACGGGUCUUUUCGUAAAGACCAGAAAACAUUAAUGUUAAGUGAAGAUUACAACACGAUUCGCAAGUAAUAGCGCAGUCACGUUUGUCACACAGGAGCGUUUUGCCGCCCUCUUCUUUCCGCCGUCCUGUUGCGUCAACUCACUGAUUAAUCAAUAGUGACAGACGGUUACAAUUUUUUUUUUAAGUACAAUAAGAUUCGGUGCCCCCUACUGUUAGUUACGAUUAAGGUUAAAUUGGCCUUGCACAAAUAAAAGCAGGUUAUCAAAAAGUAGAUCGAUCGGUUGUGUGGGUCCGGCUUACGCAAAAAAAGGAUACCGUGUUUAUUCGAAUAAGAGCCUAGCCUCGAAUUAGCGCCCUCCUCGAAUAAGCGCCCACCCUAAAGACAGAAAAAGUUGAUAAGUGCCCAGCCUCGAAUAAGCGCCCACCCCACCCCCUCCCCCUCCCCCUCUUACUAAAAAAAAAAUUGAAUAAUUACUAGUAAAAGACUUUCUCGAAGGCGCAGUUUUCUUAAGAGUAUUUUACAGAAACCUUGCUUUAUUACAUCCUCACGUUUUGUUAUUACCAUUUAUUGUUUUCUUGCAAAAUAAACAUACUACACUUACUGAAAAUGGUGAAAAUUUAAUAAGCGCCCAUCUCAAAUAAGCGCCCACCCUCAAGGUCCAAAAAUUUAAUAAGCGCCCAGGGUGGUUAAUCGAAUAAAUACGGUACACAAAGACUGUCUCCAGGUGACAUCCUUUAUCGUAAUGUCAAAACAAUAAAAAAAAGUUUUAAUACCUUUCUGUUUUUAUAUUUAAUAAUUAAUCAUGCUAUCUAGUUAUCUACUUCCACUUAUUUAAAAAUUCUUUUGCAGUUAACUUCACUUUAAUUUUGGGCGCUAGGAGUUCUUCAAUUCCUUGCAGUUUUCGCAAAGAGUAGCAUGCCGAUUUCUCGAGCUCAGCUUGGUUGGGAGUCUCAACGAGGUUACCUGAUGUUACCCUUUUUUGCAGCAUUUCUGGUCUUGAUUUUUAACCAACCAUGGCUUGCCUCAGUCGGUAUGUUAUCAUCAGUUAUUUUAGUCAGUAUGCAGCGGUUUCGUUGGAGCGUAGCGAAGAAAAAUUGUCAAGCCCGCGGGUGGAUAUAAAUUCUUUUACGUACCAAGGAAACCACCACGAGAAUAAAUACUUUAUUUCUAGGCCUCAAUAUUUAGCCAAGGAUGAAACGAAAUGAAAAGAACUAAUACGAGAUAACUGUUUGAUUUACAGAUAAUGGCUUUGUGAUAAGAAAACGCUAUAGCCCCGCAGUCACAGGUUUCGGAGUGUAAACUUGAGCAGAUGAUAUUAGAGGUGAAAUUAUGCCUGCACAACGUUAAAAUAAAGGCAGUUUGAAAAAUGAGAAAUGAGAAUUGAUGAAACGGAAGGCAUCACCUCCAAACAUGGAAUUGCUUCAUCAAAAUAUGUGCUGUUUGUUUCGACAGAACCCAGAAAAUAGCACCCGGACUUUAUUCUGCAUAGGAAAUUAGUGAGGGUAAAUUCUUGAUUUAUCGGUAAAAAAAAAAUAAUACACUUUUUCCAAUAUUAUCUGAUAAAAACUACUAGUUGCACUUUACAUUUUGGGAAACUGUGAUAUUUAAAGAUGGUUUAUGAUACAUAUUGUAUCAUUGAAAGAAGAGCCUAAGGGGAACAAAGGGUUUUGCUGUAGUUAAGCUUCCUAGAGAAAUGAAUUGAGUCUAUACUAUUUUUCGUGUUGCGAAAUUUAAUUACUACAAUUCCCUUGAGAAUACCCUUGAAUACAAUACCCCCACUGCGGUCGGACUGACAGCGGAACUCCCCCUUCCAUACCUAGGUUUUUACCAUGUCAGUACGGUACAAUGUUCUUGCUUUAUUUGCAUCAUGCAUACAAACUAAAACGAAAAUGAAAGCAAGUAACAAUUUACCCAUUGAUUUAAUUUUUUGCAAUAGUAGAAGGAAAAAUAUCCGUGGAUAAUUGUCGCGUGAUGCAGUUCCGACCGCCAACUCCUGGACGUACCCUGGCAGGUCAUGUCAUUAGGCGUUUAUUGGUAGAUUCAGGAACAGUUUGCGAAGCCAAUUGUUUCGACGAUGACGAUUGUAUGUCAGUUAACCUUGGACCAAAGAAUGAAGGGAAGCAUUUAUGUGAACUGAGCAGUUCAGAUGAUAAUCUGCAUCCUGAAGGUCUUAGGAAACGAUCGAAGUUCAUUUAUAAAUCUGUCUUGGUAAGUAAUAGUUCUGCCAGGAGGGCUCCUGUUCCGCAUGCAUACAAGAAAUAUCCGCCUCCCCAUUUGCCACUUUACAAACGAUAAGGGAAGUGGAGCCGAAAAGCGUAAACCAAUUGUUCAUAACGCGCUGGUCAGCUAUUGACCAAUUUUUUUCUUUUUCCCUAGUCCAACCUCAGAAGUCUUCACGAAUUUUAAAUCGACCCAGUUUACGCUAGUUUCUAAAUUAACGAAUAGGGAUUCAAAGAAGUUUACUAAAGAAUUAAAGGCAGGGGCUACCUCUUGGCAUCCGUUUUAGACAUGGUGACUUUGUUUGGAGUAAUAUUUUUUUAUUUUUUUAAAUAUUUUUUUAAUAUUUUUUAUAUUUUUUAUACUUUUACAUUCUUGGCUUGCAAUCAAGUGACAAGGCGGCCAUAUUGGUGGUGUGUUGGUGGUCAAUACAAUAGAAUUUUUUCUUGAAGAAUUUACAUGAAAAUUGGGUUAAGUUCCCAGAGAGAGAAAUGCUUUUUUCUGAACCCUAACACACCACCACUUUUGCCGCCGUGACGUCACGUGCAAACCAGCAAUUAAUAAGACGGCCAUUUUUUAACUUACAUGACCUCUCAGGAAAAAGCCCUGCUUGGCAAAAAAGCGUGAGAAUCUUUUACUUUCGUAAAACGUUGUGAUGAUACAGUCUUCUUUCAAGUACCCCGAUUUGAGUAGUCGCACUGUAAAUAUUUUUGGCUUGUGGCUUCUUUUAGGGGAAGUCAGAUUCUGCCAAUAGAUUCAACAAAAUGACGUCAAAAUGACGUCAAAGUACGUCAUUUGUGUCAAUCAGGUUACGCCUAGAUGCUGGAAAUGAAAAGUACAUUAUUCUGUGUAAGUGGUUUGGAAGUUAUAGAUAAGGGUCUCCGAGGCCUUCCCUGGCCACAGGAAGAAAAAAGAGCCUGGUUUGAAUGGAUUAAGCCACUCCAUGAAAUAAUGAAGCCACGUUUGCCUCAGCUGAGAUAUGCUUGUAAUCAUUGUUACUGUUGCGGGCUGUAUUUGAUCAUUCAUCUUACCUGUCAACUUAGCCAUUUACUUUUUUCAUUUCGAAUAAUGUUGAUGGGACAUAAAAGCACCAAGUGGUAAGUCACUGACUUCUUAACUAAAUAUUUACAGUUUGCUCUAAGAAAUUCCCUCUCGUGAAAUUGAGAAACUUCAGAGAUUGCAGAAUACCGCGGCAAGAUUAACUGUGUGCAUGAAGAAGACUAAUCACAUUACUCCUGUUUUAAAAAAGUUGCACUGGCUUCCAGUUACAGUUGAUUACGAACAAAUCUCUUAAUUAAUGGUCUUUCAAUGAACUGUUACGUCAUUACACUCCCUGUCGUUCUUUUCGAAUUCGUUCUAGUGAUUCCAACCUCCUAGCUAUCCCCAAGACUACUACAGUUACUUACGGAGAUUAAAGAUCUUUCGCGUUAAUUGAUCCGAAGUUAUGGAAUCAGCUACCGCUUGCCAUUAGACAAAGUAACUCUGCUGAUAGUUUCAAAACGGCUUUGAAAACGUACCUGUUUCGUGAGACUGCUCGUUCUUUCAGUUGUGAAAAGCAUCGAGACAUUUAUAUGUAGAAUGCGUUUUCAAGAACUUCAAUUAUUAUCAUUGUUAUUAUUAUUAUUAUCAUUAUUAUUUAUGAUAUUAUUAUUAUUAUUAUUAUUAUUAUUAUUAUUUAUAUUAUUAUUAUUCUUUUUCAACAGAAUUAUUGCUCGAGCAGGCCAUGCCCUCCAGGCUAUAGAUGUCAAACAGGCUUUACCAAUAAAAGAUAUCGAUGCGUAGGUAACGUAAUUUUUAGAAGAAUGCCUGUAUAAUUCUUCAUGAUCUAAAGGAAAGCCGAAGGAAAUCAUUGUUUUCAUAUUCAUUCCAACUAUUUCCAAGUUUAAAACUUGCUUACCUCUAUUCGACUCCAUUGCAAUGUUUAUACAAACAUUUUGGAGGGUAAACAAGGUAAGGGGCAAUGUAAGAAAAUGGUGAAUUACCUAACUGAAUAUAUCUGAUUCAAUUUUAGAGAACUGGAAAAAGAUCAGUGAAGACCCAGUUUGCUUUGGAGUUGACGAUGACAGUUUCGGAGCUUUCAGUAUUAGAGAAAGCGGCCUCAUUUAUACAUUCAAACUCGUCCAUCGGAAUGGUUCUGUGACAUGUGAUCCUCGUUAUAAACUCAACAACUGGGGUUGCACCCAUCCUCUUUUCGGCAAAAAUCAGUUGUUGACUGUUAUAACGUAUCCCAACAGAUCUGCCCUGUUGAUUGCUAAUUACUUAAGAAGUAACGCAGGGUGUGGUUACAAGUAUUACGCGUAUCAGCUGGAGGGAACUGAUGUUGACUCUCCAGAGUUGGUUUUCAAUCGCCUUUUACAUCCACUGUCCGUUUCAGUUGGCCAAAAGUUUCAAAUUUGGUACGGGGAAGAUUUGACUGAUUGCGAAGGCAAUAAUAACAUGGGAAUGACAUGCGCUGAUAUAUAUGGGUGGUAUGUUUAA